CUCGGCCCGGCACCCGCCGUCCCGCCCGCCCCGCCGGGAAGGAGACGGAACCAUUUCGGAUCUCAAGCAAACGGCCCCCUCCUAUCUAGUCGUGGCUUUUCCAAACCCUCCGAGGAGAGCGGGAUCUUUCGGUCCUUCCUGUAUUUCCGACCAUUACAGGAUCUAGAAAUGUCGACGACACUUUUAUCUGCCUUCUACGACAUUGACUUCUUGUGCAAGACGGAGAAGUCCCUGACCACCAACCUCAGCAGCAUGCUGGACAAGAAGGCCGUGGGGACCCCGGUGACCCCCCCCAGCUCCAGCUUCGCGCCGGGCUUCCUGCGGCGGCACUCGACCAGUAACCUGCCGGCGCUGGCCGGCGGUUCCAAGUUCCCCAGCCCCACCGGCUCCAGCUCUUCCUCCACCUCCUCCUCCUCCUCCUCCUCCUCGUUCGGCAGCCUGAAGGAGACGGGCUCCGGCGGAGGCGGCAGCAGCAGCCCCACGGCCCUGCUCAACAAGGAGAACAAGUUCCGGGACCGCUCCUUCAGCGAGAACGGCGAGCGCAGCCAGCACCUCAUGCAGCAGCUCCAGCAGCAGCAGCAGCAGCAGGCGGCGGCAGCCGGCAAGGGGGGCGGCUCCGGCGGCGGCGGCGGGGCCCCCAUCAACUCGACGCGCUACAAGACGGAGCUGUGCCGCCCCUUCGAGGAGAGCGGCGCCUGCAAGUACGGCGAGAAGUGCCAGUUCGCCCACGGCUUCCACGAGCUGCGCAGCCUCACCCGCCACCCCAAGUACAAGACCGAGCUCUGCCGCACCUUCCACACCAUCGGCUUCUGCCCCUACGGCCCGCGCUGCCACUUCAUCCACAACGCCGACGAGCGCCGCCCGGCUCCCGGCGGGGGCACCGCCGCCCCCCCCGCCGCCGCCGCCGCCGCGGCCGGGCCGCACCACCACCCGCACCACCCGCCCCCGCACCCCGCCGGCAGCACCGGCGACCUCCGCGCCUUCGCCCCCCGCGAGCACCCGCUGGGCGGCGGCGGCGGCUUCGGGCACCCGCGCGGCGGCGAGCGGCCCAAGCUGCACCACAGCCUGAGCUUCUCCGGCUUCUCCGCCCACCACCACCACCACCACCCGCACCCCCACAGCGCCGCCCCGCCGCCGCCGCCGCCCGGCGGCCGCCUGGACGCCGCCCUGCUGGAGAGCCCGGGCGGGUCGCGCACGCCGCCGCCGCCGGCCUCCGCCUCCUACUGCGAGGAGCUGCUCUCGCCGCCCUGCGCCAACAACGCCUUCGCCUUCUCGGGGCAGGAGCUGGGCAGCCUCAUCGCCCCGCUCGCCCUCCACACCCAGAACUUCGCCGCCGCCGCCGCCGCGGCCGCCGCCGCCGCCGCCUACUACCGCUGCCAGCAGCAGCCGCCGCCGCCGCCGCCCGGCGGGGGCUGCCCGCCGCCCCCCGCCUCGCCGCCCUUCAGCUUCCAGCCCCUCCGCCGCCUCUCCGAGUCGCCCGUCUUCGACGCGCCGCCCAGCCCCCCGGACUCCCUCUCCGACCGGGAGAGCUACCUGAGCGGCUCCCUCAGCUCCGGCUCCCUCAGCGGCUCCGAGUCGCCCAGCCUGGACUCGGGCCGCCGCCUGCCCAUCUUCAGCCGCCUCUCCAUCUCCGACGACUAGGGAGAGGGGCCGGGCCGCUGCCGCCGGGCCCUGCGGCUGCCGAGCAAGUAAGUUAACGAGCGAAGAAAGCGAAUCCUCCUCUUCUUCUUCUUUUUCUUUUUUUACGUAUAUACCUAUCUAUAUAUACACCGAGAGCUGAACAAAACAAAAAACAAAAAAAGCGUUUUGCGAAAGGGCAAAUGACACGGACUGAACAAACCUAUUUUUAUAGAGAGACCUUGGAAGAAGGGGAUUUUUGUUUUGUUUUGGGGUUUUUUGUUGUUGUUCUUCGGAGACAAGUUAUGAUAUGCACCAGCAGCAGCCAUUCCAUCUGUGUUCAAAAAAAAAAAAACCAAACAAAAAAACAAAAAGAAAGAGCAUUAGAAAAGACACCACCAGAAAGCAACAAACAAUCCGGGGAGCGCGAGUCCCGCCUGUCCAGCUCCUCCAAACCUUCAGACACACACAAAAAAAGUUACAAACUAGUUUGUCUGUCAAUCCAGUUCAAAUAAAAACACAGACCGUAGUAAACCUAUAAGCUUUUUUUUAAAAAAUAAAAAGAAAGAUCCAACAUCCUGCCAAGAAUAUGCCUUGAUAACAACCUUCUUUUUUUAUAUAUCUAUAUAUUAUUAUUAUAACAAAUGCUAAAACCUUCAUUCCAAAGUUUAAUAUUGGUUCCAUUGCCACCACUUAGUGGAUGUUUGGCUUAGAACAAUUU